AUGCGAUUCCUGCCGGCUCUCCUGGUCUUGACGACGGCGCCCGCCAUCUCGGCCGUCCCCGCAGGCUCUAGCAUAACCCCCCCGCCGCCCUUACAGCCGCGGCCAGUUCAGCUCCUGACCCGCCCUUCCGACCCACGCCGCCCGUGGACCAGGUUCCGCGACUGGGUGAUCGAAUCAGUCUGGGGAACCGGGCGUUGCUCAGCUCAAAAAUAUGCAGGUCCUCCAUUGAACGUUCGUGAUCGCUAUGAGAGCGAUGUGGUGCUGCGCUUCCACCCGCGCCACAAGGACGACACAGAGGCAUUGGCCGAAGCAGCCCAGGCUUUGGUGCUCGAUAUCUGGUCAAUUACCGCCGACCAUGUUGACAUUCGUCUGGCAGAUGAAAUAGUUCCCUCAUUUCUCGACCUGCUUCCGCCCACCCUCCGCACUGCCUAUACCCCCCUCAUGGAUGAUCUGGUAGAGAUGAUCUACGCCACAUAUCCUCGACAACACCACAUCGGACUGAAUGCUGGGAAUGGUCUUCCGUCUGGAGACAGUGCCACGCAGUCCGAUGACGUUUUCUUCCGCGAUUACCAGCCACUCUCAGUCAUUGUACAAUGGAUGCGACUGAUGUCAUCGAUGUUCCCAUCGUACGUGGAAUAUACCAGCGUCGGUUUCUCCUACGAAGAACGCGAGAUCCCAGCUUUGCGGCUCGGGGCUUCAGACUUAAACUUUCAGACUUCGGGCCCGCGGAAGACGAUCGUCAUCAUUGGUGGUCUGCAUGCCCGAGAGUGGAUCAGCACUUCCACCGUGAUGUAUGUUGCGCAUAGCUUGAUCACCCAAUUUGGGGAGUCAAGGACAGUGACUCACCUCCUGGAAGAAUACGACUUUGUUUUGAUCCCAACUCUGAACCCAGAUGGCUAUGUCUAUUCAUGGGAGUCGGAUCGCCUGUGGCGCAAGAAUAGGCAACCUACCGGCCUCCCAUUCUGUCCGGGUGUGGAUCUGGAUCGGGCGUGGGACUUCGAGUGGAACGGCGAAUCGACGAGCUCAAACCCUUGCUCGGAGAAUUACGCGGGCUCCGAGCCGUUUGAAGCCCUCGAAGCUCAUCGCCUUGCACAAUGGGCAUUGAACCAGACCUUGAGCGGUGCGGCCACUAUUGUGGGAUUCUUGGAUUUGCAUUCCUAUUCGCAGGAGAUCCUGUAUCCAUAUUCCUACAGCUGCUCCUCUGUGCCUCCAACCUUGGAGAGCUUAGAGGAACUGGCCCUCGGUCUUGCCAAGGCUAUCCGUCGUUCAUCCAAAGAGGCGUACUAUGUCACCUCUGCAUGCGAAGGCGUCUUCCAGUCAAAGGGAGCCACUAGCGUUACCUCAGGUGGCAGUGCUUUGGACUGGUUUUAUCAUAACUUGCACGCUAAGUAUUCCUAUCAGAUCAAGCUACGCGAUCGUGGUAGCUACGGCUUCUUACUUCCAUCGGAGCAUAUUGUGCCUACUGGCGAGGAAAUUUUCAGGGCGGUUUUGACGUUUGGAGAGUUUGUCUGGGGUGAAGAGGUGUCUUCAGAGGCACCUUCUCAGGAUACCGUGGACCCUGAGGAGUUCGUCGUGCCAAUAAUGGGCGCAGAGUUCCGUCGUCAGGUCCCUUUGAAAUAA